AAUGAGUGGGAGCUGUCCAGGAAUGAAAAGGAUGGAUGAGCUAACGAUGCUUCCAUUUUGAACCUUUGUACUUGAAAGGAAUCAAGUUCUUCUGUUUGGAACAUCAGAAAAUACGAGCUGGGGGACUCACGAGCCUCCUCUGUUCAAACUAAUAUAUCCAGAUUUCCUCUUCUAUAAAGAGUUUGGCAUGGCUGAGAAAAGCAAAAUUUUGAUAAUCGGAGGCGCUGGCUAUAUUGGGAACUUCAUGGUGGAGGCAAGCACCAAACUGGGGCACCCCACUUUUGUAUUGGUCAGAGAGAGGACGAUUUCUGAUCCUGAAAAAUCAAAGCUGAUUGAGAGUUUCAAGGGCUCUGGAGUAACCAUUCUUUAUGGUGAUAUCUAUGAUCAUGAGAGCUUGUUAAGGGCAAUCAAGCAAGUUGACAUUGUGAUCUCCACAUUAGGCACACAACAGCUAGCGGAUCAAGUAAGGAUAAUUGAAGCCAUCAAAGAAGCUGGAAAUGUCAAGAGAUUUCUUCCAUCGGAGUUUGGCAUGGAUGCAGACCGUAUCCACGCAGUGGAGCCAGCUGCAAGCAUAUUCAGGAUCAAGGCUAAAAUUCGAAGAGCAAUUGAGGCUGAAGGGAUACCAUAUACGUAUAUCUCAUCCAAUGCCUUUGCAGGGCAUUUCUUGCCAAAUUUAAUGCAGGAAAAUGCCACUGUUCCUCCUAGGGAUAAGGUAGUCAUACUUGGAGAUGGAAAUCCAAAAGGUAUUUUUGUCCAGGAAGAUGACAUAGCAACUUACACCAUUAAAGCAGCUGAAGAUCCAAGAACCUUGAACAAGAUUCUUUAUAUAAGACCCCCUUCCAAUGUUUUGUCUUUCAAUGAAGUAGUCUCCCUAUGGGAGAGGAAAAUUGGCAAGACCCUUGAAAAGAGCUAUGUUCCUAAGGAACAGCUUCUUAACAUCAUUCAAGAGUCACCUGUUCCCUGGAAUUUCUUUUUGUCAUUCGCCCAUCCUAUGUUUGUGAAGGGAGAGGCUUCGAAUUUCGGUAUAGAAGCUUGGUUCGGUGUGGAGGCAUCUGAGCUUUAUCCUGAACUGAAAUAUACUAGUGUUGAUGAAUACCUGCAUCAGUUUGUGUAAAAUACACCAACUUUGUAGCCUAAUAAAGAAACCAUGCAGUGUUGAAACAACUUAUGUUGCAGUUAUGCCCUUGUUUGCAAUCCAGAUGACAACAUUUCAAGAAAA